AUGCCGCCCCGCCGCGCCCCGGCGCCCGGUGCGCAACUGCUGCCCACGUCGGCCCUGCUGCUCCUGCUGCUCGGCGCGGGGUUCCGCGGCGGCUGCCUGGCCAGCCCGGUGCCCGCCGCGCCCCUGCCCGCGCCCGGGCCGUGCGCCGCGCAGCCCUGCCGGAACGGGGGCGUGUGCACCCCGCGCCCCGCGCCCGGCCCGCAGUCCCCGGCCCCUGCCGGCGAGCCCGACUACAGCUGCACCUGCCCCGCCGGGGUCUCCGGCGCCAACUGCCAGCUCGUGGCGGAUCCUUGCGCCAGCACGCCCUGUCACCAUGGCAACUGCAGCAGCAGCAGCAGGGGGGGCUACCUCUGCGUUUGCCACGAAGGCUAUGAAGGUCCCAACUGUGAACAGGCACUGCCCAGCCUCCCCGCCUCCGGCUGGACCGAGUCCAUGGCCCCCAGGCAGCUGCAGCCUGUCCCCGCCACCCAGGAGCCCGACAUCAUCCUGCCCCGCUCUCAGGCCACCGUGACCCUGCCCACCUGGCAGCCCAAAACAGGGCAGAAAGUUGUAGAAAUGAAAUGGGAUCAAGUGGAGGUCGUCCCAGAUAUUGCCUGUGGGAAUGCGAGUUCUAACAGCUCUGCUGGUGGCCGCCUGGUAUCCUUUGAAGUGCCACAGAACACCUCAGUCAAAAUUCGGCAAGAUGCCACCGCCUCGCUGAUUUUGCUGUGGAAGGUCACGGCCACAGGAUUCCAACAGUGCUCCCUCAUCGAUGGACGGAGUGUGACUCUCCUCCAGGCCCCCGGGGGCCUGGUCCUCUUGGAGGAGAUGCUCGCCUUAGGGCACAACCACUUCAUCGGUUUUGUGAAUGAUUCUGUUACUAAAUCUAUUGUGGCUUUGCGCCUAACUCUGGUGGUGAAGGUCAGCACCUGUGUGCAGGGGGAGAGCCAUGCAAAUGACAUGGAGUGUUCUGGAAAAGGAAAAUGUACCACGAAGCCAUCAGAGGCAACGUUUUCCUGUACCUGUGAGGAUUCGUACGUGGGUACUUUCUGUGAAGAAUUUGAUGCCUGCCAGCGGAAGCCCUGUCAGAACAACGCCGGUUGUGUGGACGCAAAUGAGAAGCAAGAUGGGAGCAAUUUCACCUGCGUCUGCCCUCCUGGUUAUACUGGAGAGCUUUGCCAAUCCAAGAUUGAUUAUUGUAUCCUAGAUCCAUGUAGAAAUGGAGCAACGUGUGUUUCUAACCUCAGUGGAUUCACCUGCCUGUGUCCAGAAGGAUACUUUGGCGCUGCCUGCGAGGAAAAGGUGGACCCCUGUGCCUCGUCCCCAUGCCAGAACAAUGGCACCUGCCACGCGGACGGCAUGCAUUUCAGCUGCAGCUGCAGCUCGGGCUUCACGGGCCCAGCGUGCGCCCAGCUCGUGGACUUCUGCGCGCUCAGCCCCUGCGCGCACGGCACCUGCCACAGUGUGGGCACCAGCUAUAAAUGCCUCUGUGACCCAGGUUACCACGGCCUCUACUGUGAGGAGGAAUAUAACGAGUGCCUCUCUGCCCCUUGCCUGAACGCCGCCACCUGCAGGGACCUCGUUAAUGGCUAUGAGUGCGUGUGCCUGGCGGAAUACAAAGGAAUACACUGUGAGUCGUACAAGGACCCCUGCGCUAACAUCAGCUGUCUGAACGGAGGCACCUGUGACGGCGAGGGCCUAAAUAGCACCUGUGUUUGCACCCCUGGGUUUACAGGUGACGAAUGUGACAUCGACAUCAACGAAUGUGACAGUACCCCAUGCCAUCACGCUGGUACCUGCCUGGACCAGCCCAAUGGUUACACCUGCCACUGCCCUCAUGGCUGGGUGGGUGCAAACUGCGAGAUCCAUCUCCAGUGGAAGUCGGGUCACAUGGCGGAGAGUCUCACCAACAUGCCCCGGCACUCCCUGUACAUCAUCAUCGGGGCCCUCUGCGUCGCCUUCAUCCUGAUGCUGAUCAUCCUCAUUGUGGGCAUUUGCCGCAUCAGCCGCAUCGAGUACCAGGGCUCUUCCAGGCCAGCCUACGAGGAGUUCUAUAACUGUCGCAGCAUUGACAGCGAGUUCAGCAACGCCAUCGCCUCCAUCCGGCAUGCCAGGUUUGGAAAGAAAUCCCGGCCUGCGAUGUACGACGUGACCCCCAUCGCCUAUGAGGACUACAGCCCCGAUGACAAACCCCUGGUCACGCUGAUUAAAACAAAAGAUUUGUAAUCUUUUUGGGGGGAUUAUUUUUCAAAAAGAUGGGAUACUACCCUCAUUUAAAUAUUUUUAAGAAAAUAAAAAGCUUAAGAAAUUUGAAAUGGUAGCUGCUCAAGAGUUUUCGGUAGAAUAUCGAAGAACUAAUUUUCUGCAGCUUUUAGUUUGGAAAAAAUAUUUUAAAAAAAACAUAAUUUGUGAAAUCCAUAGACUACAUUUUAAUGUACUUUCAGCUCUUUAAACUGUAUGCUUCGACUAGUGUGUGCUCUUCCCAUGGUAGAUACCGUCAUGAGACGCAGUUGACUUUCUGUGGCUGUUACAGAGGCUAAGUCUAAUCGAGGAGAAGUUUCUAUGUGACGUGUGAGUGCUGGCUUUCUGAGUAGUUAGAAAACAUAUGUAGAGUAUGACCCAUAUAACAGUAUACCCGUUAACCUAAAACGAAGUCUGAGAUGUUUAUUUCGUGAAUAAGAAACUAGUUGCAUUUAUUAUUCCUAACCCGAAUGAAAUUAGCCUUUGCCUUAUUCUGUGCAUGGGUAAGUAACUUAUUUCUGCACUGUUUCAUUGA